AUGUUCCCCCGCGUCGCUGCUUUCGCCCUCGUUGCCCUUCCCCUCCUUGCGGCCGCCACCCCCCUCGAGGGCCGCGGAGAGCCUGCUAGUUCCUGCUCCACUGGCCCUGUGCAGUGCUGCAACACUGUCACGACGGCUAGCGACCCUGCUGCUGCCGGGAUCCUUGGCCUGCUCGGUAUCGUCCUCCAGGACCUCACCGUCGCCGUCGGCCUCUCCUGCUCCCCUAUCUCCGUCAUCGGUGUCGGCACCGGCAACGCGUGCUCGGCCAACGCUGUGUGCUGCCAGGACAACAGCCUUGGCGGCCUCAUCUCUAUUGGCUGUGUCCCCGUCACCCUUUAA